AUGGCAGCACGGGAGGAAGGGACUGUGCUGCGGCUCAGCCCCUCGGAGGAGGAGGAUGAGGAGGAUGAGGAGGCGGCAGCUGCGCGGAGAGCGCAACGCUUUGCCUUAGACCCGCGAGUGCGCUUCCUGGGAGACCGUCUGCGCCACGCGCUGGGCUUCCCGGAGGAGACAUGGGGCCAGUAUCUGGAGAGCGAAGACCACCGACAGGCCGUAGGAGACUUUCUGGAGCGCACUGGUCCUGCCAGUCUGGUGUUUGGUGUUGUGGCCGCCGGGCGGCUCUCGGCUUCCCCCGAGAUUCCAAGAGAUGUGAAACACAAGCUGGUUUAUUUUGCCAAAAAGGUGACUGGAAACACGGGAGAAAGUGAUUUCUCCCAAACCUUGUUAUUUGGAGAAAUAUCCAGGUCAUUGCUCGAACACGUAACUGCAUCCCUCGAGGAGAUAUUAGUCCCAAUUCUGUCUAAUAAGAACAAUCAUAAGUCCUGGUCAUGCUUUAUUUCACAAGAUGUGGAACAUCACACAGAAGUCAUAAAAAAUAAGAUGCACAUUUUUAGGGGCAAAAUGUCAAGAAGAACUCAUCUUCCAGUUCCUACUAUUGCAGAAAAUAUUGACCUGGAUCAGCAUUACUUGGUGGCCAGGCCACAAUCAGAUGAGAGGAGAAUACUCCAUGCCAUUGAAUCUGUAAUCAUUAAAUGGUCACAUCAGAUCCAAGAAAUCAUAGAAAAAGACUCAGCACAGCCGCUAUUGAGCGGCCUCCACCCGACCCCUGAGACAGAGCUUGACUUCUGGACUGCGAGGCAUAGUAACCUGAAGUGCAUAUACCGUCAACUUCAGGCUCCCAUUGUCCUCAAGAUGGUUAAGAUACUGAGAACAAGACAAAGCAGCUACUUUCCUGCUCUGAAGGGCAUCUUCACCACAGUAGAAAAUGCUCUUCUUGAAGCCCAGGAUGUGGAACUUCACCUAAGACCUCUGAGGAGGCACAUUCAAGGUCUCCAGGAAGCGGAAUUCCCACAGACUGGCAUACUGAUUGCCCCAUUGCUUCACACCAUCUGUCUUAUUUGGAGUCACUCCAAGUUUUAUAACACCCCCGCUCGGGUUAUAGUUUUACUGCAAGAGUUUUGCAACCUCUUCAUUGACCAGGCCAGAGCACACCUCUCACCUGAAGAUCUUCUGAAGGGAGAGAUUGAAGACGCACUGGAAAAGGUGCAGGCGGCCAUCGGUGUCUUAAAGACCUUCCACAAUUCUUUUUUCAAAUAUAGAAAAGGGUUGGCAAGCUAUUUCACAGGAAACACAGAGCAGAGACCCUGGGAUUUCCAGUCUCACCUGGUGUUUGGCAGAUUUAACAAAUUUCUUGACCGGCUGGUAAAAAUAGAGGAUGUGUUUGUCACCAUACUGGAAUUUGAGAAACUGGAAAGGCUGGAAUUUGGUGGCAGCAAGGGCGCAGUCCUAAAUGCACAAAUCCACUCAAUGAGUGAGGAAUUUAUCGAAUGCUGCAAAGUUUUCCAACAGAGCGUUUAUGAUCCAUCUAACUGUGAUGACAUGGAGUUCGAAAGUGAUUAUUUCAAAUUCAAGUCCAAAACCCUGGAUUUUGACAGAAGGCUUGGGACGCUACUUUGCGAAGGUCUCAGCAACUGCAGUGGUUUGGAGUCUGCAUUUAAGCUUUUGACCAUAUUUGGAAAUUUUCUAGAGAAACCAGUCGUCAUGGAAAUUUUCAGCCCACAUUACAGCAUAUUGUUGAACAUGUUUACUGCAGAGUUAGAUACGUGUAAGCAACUCUAUGAUGAACACAUGAAGCAGAUUGAACAUGGGCAUGAAAUCCUCAACAAGAAUAUGCCAUUCACAUCUGGAAAUAUUAAGUGGGCCAGAAUGCUCCUUGAACGCCUUCAAAUGUUCUGGUCAAAUUUUACAUCUCUCCAUUAUCUAUUUCCAGACAGUCCUGAUGAGGCUGCAGUCUGUCAGAAGUAUGCUGAAAUGACCACUUUGCUGGAUCAAUUUGAAAGCCACAUCUAUAGCGAAUGGAGAAGAAAUGUGGACGAAACCUGUGAAUUUAAUCUGAAUCAGCCUUUGGUUAAAUUCAGUCCCAUAAACGGCCUUCUUAGUGUGAACUUUGACCCAAAGCUUGUGGCGGUGCUGAGAGAAGUCAAAUACCUUUUGAUGCUGAAGAAGUCCAACAUACCAGGUUCAGCCUUAGGCAUUUUUCAGAAAAAGAACAUUAUUUUAAAGUACAUUGGGAAUCUUGAGCUCCUUGUACAAGGCUACAAUAAGCUGAAACAGACCCUUCUGGAAGUGGAAUACCCUCUCAUUGAGCAUGAGCUUGGAGCCAUUGACGAACAGCUCAAGGUGGCUGCAACCUGGCUGACAUGGCAAGAUGACUUCUGGGUCUACAUGGAGAGGGUGCAGGUGGCCACUGCUGAGCUUGAGCGCAGAGUGUCACAGACUCGGAGCAACGUGCAAACAAUCCAGCAAACCAUGCAGGCCUGGACUGAGUGGCCACUGAUGCCUCGGAGGGAGACCAGAAGAGAGGCUGCCUUGACCUUGGAUGACAAGGGGGAUCUGUUUGCUAAAAAAUACAAGCUGAUCCGAGAAGAUGGUUUCAAGAUACACAAUCUGGUAGAGGAGAACCGGAAGCUCUUCAGAGCUGAUCCUUCCCUGGAUUCCUGGAAAAUUUAUGUGGAAUUCAUUGAUGACAUUGUGGUGGAAGGCUUUUUUCAGGUCAUCUUGCACGACCUGGACUUCUUCCUGAGGAACACAGAGAAACAGUUAAAACCUGCACCAUUUUUUCAAGCACAAAUGCUCUUGAUGCCCCCAGAGAUUGUCUUCAAGCCCCCUUUAGAAAGAGAAACUGGGGAUGGCUUCUAUGAUCUGGUGGAGGAAAUGUUGUGUGGCAGCUUCAGACUGUCUGCCCAAAUGGGGCGUGUGGCGGCACACCUAGACAUCGCAGACUACCAGAAUGAUAUGGAAAACAUGUUAGGCCUGGCAGAGGUCCGCCAGGAGAUAAUGAAUAGGGUUGCUGAUGUCAUCAACAAAGUCUUGGAGUUCAGAAGUUCUCUGGAGACCUACUCUUACCUCUGGGUGGAUGACCGAGUAGAGAUUCUAAGGCAGUUCCUCCUGUACGGCCAUGCUGUGCCACCUGAGGAAAUGGAUGCUCCUACAAGUGAAGACGUCCUGCAACCACCAACACUAGAACAAUUCAAAGAACAGAUCGACAUUUAUGAGGCCUUGUAUGUUCAGAUGAGCAAGUUUGAUGACUUCCGAGUGUUUAACAGUUGGUUCAAGGUAGACAUGAGACCUUUCAAGUCGAGCUUGCUCAACGUGAUCAAGAAGUGGAGCUGGAUGUUUCAAGAGCAUCUGCUAAGAUUUGUCGUCGACAGUCUGAGUGAGCUGCAAGGAUUCAUCAAGCAGACAAAUUCGGGACUUCAGAGACAGCUGCGUGAGGGCGACCACGAUGGCUUAGUUGACAUCAUGGGUCACCUUCUGGCUGUAAGAAGCCGACAGAGAGAUACCGACGAGCUCUUUGAGCCUCUGAAAGAAACCAUCACACUUCUGGAAAGCUAUGGCCAGAAGAUGCCUGAGCAAGUCUACGCCCAGCUGGAGGAAUUACCUGAAAGAUGGGAAACCACCAAGAAGAUCGCAGCCAUGGUCAGACAUGAGGUCUCACCACUCCAAAAUGCAGAGGUCACUCUUAUAAGGAAAAAAUGUAUUUUGUUUGAUGAAAAGCAAGCAGAAUUCAGAGAGAGAUUCAGAAGCUAUGCCCCUCUUGGAUUUAAGGCAGAGAAUCCAUACUCAGUGCUUGAUAAGGCAAAUCAGGAGCUCAAGGCUCUGGAGGAAGAGAUGGGGCAGAUGCAAAACUGUGCUCGUCUCUUUGAGGUGGCUCUUCCAGAGUACAAACAGAUGAAGCAGUGCCGCCAAGAAAUCCGACUGCUCAAAGGACUCUGGGAUGUCAUCAUUUAUGUUAGGAGAAACAUUGAUAAUUGGACUGAAACCCAGUGGAGACAGAUUAACGUGGAACAGAUGGACUCGGAGCUCAGAAGGUUUGCCAAGGAAAUUUGGUCACUAGACAAGGCUGUCCGUGUCUGGGAUGCUUAUUCAGGUCUGGAGGGCACUGUGAAGGACAUGACAACCUCCCUGAGAGCCAUCGCAGAGUUGCAGAACCCUGCCCUCAGGGACAGGCAUUGGCAGCAGCUGAUGAAAACCAUUGGGGUCAGAUUCUCAAUAAAUGACAGCACAACACUGGCAGACUUGCUGGCAGUGCAGCUGCACCGGGUAGAAGAUGACGUGAGAGACAUUGUGGAUAAGGCUGUGAAGGAGCUGGGCACAGAGAAGGUUAUCACUGAAGUCAGCCACACCUGGGAAGCCCUGGAGUUUUCUUAUGAGCCUCACCAUAGAACAGGCACCCCACUGCUGAAGACUGAUGAACAGCUUUUUGAGACUCUAGAGCACAACCAGGUUCAGUUGCAGACUCUUCUUCAGAGCAAGUACGUGGAAUACUUCAUUGAACAAGUCCUAAGCUGGCAAAACAAGCUAAAUAUAGCCGACGCUGUCAUCUUUACUUGGAUGCAAGUCCAGCGAACCUGGUCUCACUUGGAAAGCAUCUUUGUUUGUUCAGAAGAUCUUCGAGUCCAGCUUGUGGAAGAUGCCGAGAGAUUUGAUGAAGUAGAUGCCGAGUUUAAGGAGUUAAUGUUCAAGACAGCCAAAAUAAAAAAUGUCUUGGAAGCAACAUGCAGACCCCACCUCUAUGAGAAACUUAAAGAUUUUCAGCACAGGCUCUCUCUUUGUGAAAAAGCCCUAGCUGAGUACCUGGAAACCAAGCGGGUCACGUUCCCUCGCUUCUACUUCAUCUCCUCCGCAGACUUGCUGGACAUUCUCUCCAAGGGAGCACAGCCGAAGCAGGUAACACGCCACCUUGUCAAACUCUUUGACAGCAUCUCGGAUCUGCAGUUUGAAGAUAACCCGGAAGUGUCUUUGUCCACACACAAAGCAGUUGGAAUGUUCAGCAAAGAAAAGGAGUAUGUCCCGUUCCAGGCUGGGUGUGAAUGCGUAGGCCAUGUGGAAAGCUGGCUUCUGCAACUCGAACAGACCAUGAAGGACACAGUGCGCCUGGCAAUCACAGAAGCCAUCACAGCCUAUGAGGAGAAACCUAGAGAGCUGUGGAUCUUUGAUUUCCCGGCUCAGGUGGCUCUAACUGGCUCACAAAUAUGGUGGACCACAGAUGUAGGAAUCGCCUUCAGUCGGCUAGAGGAGGGAUAUGAGACAGCCCUAAAGGAUUUCCACAAGAAACAGAUAUCACAGCUAAACACACUGAUCACACUUCUUCUGGGAGAACUCUCACCCGGAGACAGGCAGAAAGUCAUGACCAUCUGCACCAUUGAUGUCCACGCCAGAGAUGUGGUAGCAAAACUGAUUUCUCAGAAGGUUGUCAGCCCCCAUGCUUUUACCUGGCUGUCUCAACUCCGGCACGAGUGGGAGGAUUCUCAGAAGCACUGUGUCGUUAAUAUUUGUGACGCCCACUUCCAGUACUUCUACGAAUACUUGGGAAACAGUCCGAGGCUGGUGAUCACUCCUCUGACUGACAGGUGUUACAUCACGUUAACUCAAUCACUUCAUCUGACCAUGAGCGGGGCUCCGGCUGGCCCGGCCGGAACAGGGAAAACGGAAACCACCAAAGACCUUGGCCGUGCCCUGGGCAUGAUGGUUUAUGUAUUCAACUGCUCUGAGCAAAUGGAUUACAGGUCCAUAGGAAACAUCUAUAAAGGACUGGUGCAGACGGGAGCGUGGGGCUGCUUUGAUGAGUUCAACCGCAUUGCUGUGGAGGUUCUGUCCGUGGUAGCAGUGCAGGUGAAGAUGAUUCAUGACGCCAUCAGGCACGGGAGAAGGAGAUUUGUAUUUCUUGGAGAGACUAUCCCACUGAAGCCAUCGGUUGGAAUAUUUAUCACUCUGAACCCAGGAUAUGCUGGUCGAACGGAAUUACCAGAAAACCUCAAAGCUCUGUUCAGACCCUGCGCCAUGGUGGCCCCGGACACCAAGCUGAUCUGUGAAAUUAUGUUGGUGGCGGAAGGGUUUGUGGAUGCCCGCUCAUUGGCCCGGAAGUUCAUUUCCUUGUACAUGCUCUGUGAGGAGCUGCUGUCCAAGCAGGAUCAUUAUGACUGGGGACUUCGUGCUAUUAAGUCUGUCUUGGUUGUAGCUGGCUCCCUGAAACGAGGAGAUAAAAAUAGACCCGAAGAACAGGUGCUCAUGAGAGCACUGAGGGACUUCAAUAUGCCUAAAAUUGUAACUGAUGAUGUCCCAGUGUUCCUGGGCCUGGUUAGUGACCUGUUUCCGGCCCUGGAUGUACCUCGACAGAGGAAACCACACUUUGAACAGAUGGUCAAGCAGUCUGCCCUGGAACUCCGCCUGCAGCCUGAGGAGAGCUUCAUCCUCAAGGUUGUCCAGCUUGAGGAGCUGCUGGCCGUGCGACACUCUGUCUUCGUGGUUGGAAAUGCAGGCACAGGAAAGAGUAAGAUUUUGAGAACACUGAACAGAACAUAUGUGAACAUGAAACAGAAGCCUGUUUGGAAUGACUUAAACCCCAAGGCUGUGACAACAGAUGAACUCUUUGGUUUCAUACAUCAUGCUACCAGAGAAUGGAAAGAUGGUCUCUUCUCGUCCAUUCUGAGAGAGCAGGCAAAUCUCACACAUGACGGGCCAACCUGGAUAGUCCUGGAUGGAGAUAUUGACCCCCUAUGGAUUGAGUCCCUGAACACAGUCAUGGAUGAUAACAAGGUGCUGACCCUCUCCAGCAAUGAACGAGUGGCCCUCACACCCUCCAUGAGGCUUCUGUUGGAGACCCAUCACCUGCAGACAGCCACACCAGCCACGGUUUCCAGAGCUGGCAUUCUGUAUGUGAACCCGCAGGACCUGGGAUGGAAUCCGUAUGUGGCCAGUUGGAUAGACAGAAGGCGGCAUCAAUCAGAAAAGGCCAAUUUAACUAUUCUUUUUGAUAAAUACGUUCCCGCAUGCUUGGAGAAGCUAAGAACUAGCUUUAAAACCAUCACGUCUGUUCCAGAGAGCAGCCUGGUGCAGACUAUUUGUACUCUUUUGGAGUGUUUGUUGACUCCUGAGAACGUACCUUCUGACAGUCCUAAAGAGACCUAUGAAGUCUAUUUUGUCUUUGCUUGUGUCUGGACAUUUGGAGGCACCCUACUACGAGAUCAGCUUUCUGAUCAUCAAGCCGACUUCAGUAGAUGGUGGCAUAAGGAAAUGAAAGCCGUGAAGUUUCCAUCUCAGGGAACCAUCUUUGAUUAUUAUCUGGACCAUAAAACUAAAAAAUUUUUGCCUUGGACUGACAAGGUCCCCCAGUUCACCAUGGACACUGAUGCACCCCUGAAGACAGUCCUGGUACAGACACCAGAGACAACUCGUCUUAGGUAUUUUACUGAGUUGCUUCUUGACAAAGGCAAACCGCUAAUGCUGGUUGGAAAUGCGGGAGUGGGGAAAACCAUCUUUUUGAGCGACACCCUGGCACGUCUCUCUGAGGACUACAUAGUGUCCCGUGUGCCUUUCAACUACUACACGACAUCAGCUGCCCUGCAGAGGAUUCUUGAAAAACCUCUAGAGAAGAAAGCUGGUCGCAACUACGGUCCAAGAGGAAAUAAAAAACUGGUUUAUUUCAUUGAUGAUCUGAACAUGCCUGAAGUGGAUUUGUAUGGCACUGUCCAGCCUCAUGCAUUGCUUCGGCAGCACAUUGACUACGGGCACUGGUACGAUCGACAUAAAGUGAUGCUGAAGGAAAUCCGUAACUGCCAGUAUGUAGCCUGCAUGAAUCCCACGGUGGGCAGCCUCACAGUCAACCCGCGACUGCAGAGACAUUUCACCGUGUUUGCAUUCAACUUUCCAUCUUUGGAUGCGCUGACCACCAUCUACGGUCAGAUCUUCAGCUUUUAUCUCCAGCAGCAAGCAUUCUGCCCGUCUGUUCUCAGGGCUGGCCCCUCUUUGAUCCAGGCGACAAUUGCGUUCCAUCAGACAAUGGCAGAGAGCUUUGUGCCCACAGCUAUUAAAUUCCAUUACAAUUUUAACCUAAGAGACUUAUCAAACAUUUUCCAGGGGACUUUGUUUGCUACUCCUGAGUGUUUAAAAUGCCCGGAAGACUUAGCACGCCUGUGGCUUCAUGAAACAUCACGCGUUUAUGGAGACAGACUGAUAGACACAAACGAUCUUGACUUAUUUCAGAGGAAAAUGCUGGAAACUGCCCAUAAAUACUUUAAAGGUACAGAUGCUAACACCCUACUGCAACAGCCCCUUGUCUAUAGUCACUUUGCCAGUGGCAGGGAAGACCCUCGUUACAUGCCAGUGAAGGACUGGGAAGGGCUAAAGGCAAUUCUUACAGAGAUGGUAGACAACUACAAUGAACUCCACUCUGAGAUGCACCUGGUGCUGUUUGAAGAUGCCAUGCAACAUGUGUGUCGAAUCAGCCGCAUUCUUCGGACCCCUCAAGGCCACGCCCUCUUGGUUGGAGUCGGAGGCAGCGGCAAGCAGAGCCUGUCUCGGCUGGCAGCUUACAUCUGCAGCUUAGAGGUCUUUCAGAUCACUCUGACGGAGGGAUAUGGGACCCAAGAGCUUCGGGUAGAUCUGGCCAAUUUGUACGUCAGAACUGGAGCCAAGAACAUGCCCACUGUGUUCCUGCUGACAGAUGCCCACGUUCUAGAUGAGAGCUUCCUCGUGCUGAUUAAUGACUUGCUGGCAUCGGGAGACAUCCCAGAUCUGUUCAGCGAUGAAGAUAUGGACAAGAUCAUUUCUGGAAUUCGUAAUGAAGUUCGAGGCCUAGGCAUAGUGGACUCCAGGGAAAACUGUUGGGAAUUCUUUUUGGCCAGAGUCCGACAACAGCUCAAAAUGGUUUUUUGUUUCUCACCGGUUGGUCACACACUGCGAGUUAGAGCCCGGAAGUUCCCAGCCAUAGUUAACUACACAGCUAUUGACUGGUUUCAUACAUGGCCACAGGAGGCUCUGGUUUCAGUCAGCAGGAGGUUCAUUGAAGAAAUCGAGGGGAUUGAGCCACAGCACAAAGAUUCUAUCAGCCUUUUCAUGGCUCAUGUUCACACCAGUGUAAAGGAAGUGAGUGCCUGGUACUACCAAAAUGAGAGAAGAUACAACUAUACUACCCCGAGGAGUUUCUUAGAACAAAUAUCACUGUUUAAGAGCCUGCUGAAGAAGAAGCGAGAAGAGGUAAAGCAGAAGAAGGAGCACCUAGCGAAUGGGAUCCAGAAGCUGCAGACUACGGCCUCACAGGUGGGAAAUCUAAAGUCCAGGCUGGCCUCUCAAGAAGCUGAGCUGCAGCUCAGAAACCACGAUGCAGAGGCCCUGAUCACAAAGAUCGGGCUUCAGACAGAGAAAGUGAGCCGGGAAAAGGCCAUCGCGGAUGCGGAGGAGAGAAAGGUGGCCGCCAUUCAAACUGAAGCAUCCCAGAAGCAGAGAGAGUGUGAAGCCGAUUUACUCAAGGCUGAGCCUGCCCUGGUGGCCGCUAAGGCUGCACUCAAUACACUCAACAGGGUAAACCUCACAGAACUGAAAACCUUCCCCAAUCCCCCAAAUGCAGUUACCAAUGUGACUGCAGCUGUGAUGGUCCUUCUGGCCCCCCGAGGCAGAGUACCAAAAGACAGAAGUUGGAAAGCAGCUAAAAUCUUCAUGGGAAAGGUUGAUGAUUUCCUACAAGCGUUAAUUAACUACGAUAAAGAGCACAUUCCAGAGAACUGUCUAAAAGUAGUAAAUGAACAAUAUUUGAAAGAUCCAGAGUUUAAUCCAAACCUCAUUCGGACCAAAUCUUUUGCAGCGGCUGGUCUCUGUGCCUGGGUCAUCAACAUCAUUAAAUUUUAUGAGGUUUAUUGCGAUGUGGAGCCCAAACGCCAGGCAUUGGCCCAAACAAACUUAGACCUGGCUGCAGCUACUGAAAAGCUAGAGGCCGUCAGGAGGAAGCUUGUGGAACUGGAUCGUAAUCUGAGCAGACUUACAGCUUCAUUUGAAAAGGCAACAGCUGAGAAGGUCCGGUGUCAGGAAGAAGUGAACCAAACCAAUAAGACGAUCCACCUAGCCAACAGACUUGUCAGUGAACUUGAGUCAGAGAAGAUUCGAUGGGGUCAGUCCAUUAAGUCCUUUGAAACUCAAGAGAAGACACUAUGUGGAGAUGUGCUGCUCACAGCGGCGUUUGUGUCUUACACUGGGUCCUUCACGAGACAGUAUCGCCGGGAACUGGUGGACUGCAAGUGGAUUCCGUUUCUUCAGAAGGUUUCCAUCCCAAUAGCAGAAGGCCUGGACGUGAUUGCCAUGUUGACAGACGAUGCUACAAUUGCCACCUGGAAUAACGAAGGGCUACCCAGCGACAGGAUGUCAACUGAAAAUGCUACUAUUCUAACUCACUGUGAGCGCUGGCCCCUGAUGAUCGAUCCCCAGCAACAGGGAGUUAAGUGGAUCAAGAAUAAGUAUGGGCCUGACCUGAAAGUCACACACUUAGGCCAGAAAGGGUUUUUAAAUGCCAUUGAGACAGCCUUGGCUUUCGGUGAUGUCAUCCUAAUUGAGAACCUCAAGGAGACGGUGGAUCCAGUCCUGGGUUCUCUGCUUGGCAGGAAUACGACUAAGAAAGGAAAGUACAUCAGGAUUGGUGAUAAAGAAUGCGAAUUCAACAAAAACUUCCGCCUCAUCCUACACACAAAACUGGCAAACCCACACUACAAGCCAGAAUUACAAGCCCAGACGACCCUCCUCAACUUCACAGUCACAGAAGAUGGGCUUGAAGGCCAGCUGCUGGCAGAGGUGGUCAGUAUCGAAAGGCCAGAUUUGGAGAAGCUAAAGCUGGUUUUGACCAAGCAACAAAACGACUUUAAGAUAGAGCUGAGGCAGCUUGAGGACAACCUUCUCCUGCGCCUCUCCACUGCCAAGGGGAGCUUCCUGGAUGACACGGACCUGGUAGAGCGUCUUGAGGCCACCAAGGCCACCGCAGCAGAGAUAGAGCACCAGGUGACAGAAGCCAGAGAAAAUGAAAGAAAAAUCAAUGAGACCCGUGAGUGCUACCGACCAGUGGCGGCAAGAGCCUCCCUUCUGUUCUUUGUCAUCAGUGACCUCAGGAAAAUCAACCCCGUCUACCAGUUUUCUCUGAAGGCUUUCAACACACUGUUCCACAGAGCCAUUGAGCAAGCUGACAAGGUGGAGGACACUCAGGAGCGCAUCUGCUCCCUAAUAGAGAGCAUCACCCAUGCCACCUUCCUCUAUGCCAGCCAAGCACUGUUUGAGAAGGACAAGCUCACAUUUCUGUCCCAGAUGGCCUUUCAGAUCUUGUUGAGAAGGAGUGAGAUCCACCCCCUUGAGUUGGACUUCCUGCUUCGGUUCACAGUUGAACACACUUACUCCAGCCCUGUUGAUUUUCUGACUGCUCAGUCAUGGAGUGCUGUUAAGGCAGUCGCCCUCAUGGAGGAAUUCCGAGGCCUAGACAGAGAUGUGGAAGGAUCUGCCAAGCAGUGGAGGAAAUGGGUAGAGUCUGAGUGUCCAGAAAAAGAAAAGUUACCGCAAGAAUGGAAGAAGAAAAGUUUAAUUCAGAAACUGAUUAUUUUGAGAGCGGUGCGGCCUGACAGGAUAACGUAUGCCCUGAGAAAUUUCAUAGAAGAGAAGCUAGGUGCGAAGUAUGUGGAGAGGACUAGACUGGAUCUGGGUAAAGCCUUUGAAGAAAGCAGCCCGAGCACCCCGGUGUUCUUCAUCCUGUCCCCAGGUGUUGAUGCCCUUAAAGACUUAGAGGUGCUUGGCAAAAGACUGGGGUUUACGAUUGACUCUGGAAAAUUCCACAACGUGUCUCUAGGGCAAGGUCAGGAACUAGUGGCAGAAAAGGCGCUGGAGAAAGCUGCUACUGGGGGACACUGGGUCAUCCUUCAGAAUGUUCAUCUGGUAGCCAAGUGGCUGGGAACUCUGGAGAAACUCCUUGAAAAAUUCAGUCAAGGAAGCCACAGAGAUUACAGGGUGUUCCUGAGUGCUGAGACUGCAGCUUCCCAACAGGAGCCCGUCAUACCUCAAGGCCUCCUGGAAAAUUCCAUUAAGAUCACUAAUGAGCCCCCCACAGGAAUGCUGGCCAACCUACAUGCCGCUCUGGACAACUUUGACCAGGAUACGCUUGAGAUGUGCUCCAAGGAUCAGGAGUUUAAAAGCAUACUCUUCUCUCUGUGCUACUUCCAUGCCUGUGUGGCAGGGAGACUGAGGUUUGGUCCCCAGGGCUGGAGCCGACACUAUCCUUUCAGUUCAGGAGACCUGACCAUCUGCACCAACAUCCUCUACAACUACUUAGAGGCGAACCCUAAUGUCCCAUGGGAAGACCUCCGUUACCUCUUCGGGGAGAUCAUGUAUGGGGGUCACAUCACAGAUGCCUGGGAUCGCAAACUAUGCCGGGUAUAUCUAGAAGAAUUCAUGAAUCCGUCUCUGACUGAGGAUGAACUCAUGCUGGCACCCGGAUUUGCAGCCCCUCCCUACUCAGAUUAUUCUGGUUACCACCAGUACAUAGAGGACAUGUUGCCUCCAGAAAGCCCGGCACUGUAUGGUCUCCACCCCAAUGCUGAAAUAGAGUUGCUAACAGUGACAUCCAACACUCUCUUCAGAACUCUGCUAGAGAUGCAACCCAGGAAUGCAGUUAGCAAGGAGGAACUGGGGCAGUCUACAGAAGACAAGGUUAAGAAUAUCUUGGACGACAUUUUGGAGAGACUUCCAGAAGAGUUCAACAUGGCGGAGAUAAUGCAAAAGAACCCAAACAGAAGCCCGUAUGUUCUCGUCUGCUUUCAAGAGUGUGAGAGGAUGAACAUUCUCAUCCAGGAAAUCCGUGUGUCGCUUCAACACUUAGACCUUGGUUUGAAGGGAGAGCUAACAUUAUCUCCUGAUGUGGAAACCCAGAUGUCCGCCCUGAGUUAUGACCGGGUCCCAGACACGUGGAACAGACUGGCUUAUCCAUCUACUUAUGGCCUGGCCCAGUGGUUUAACGACCUCCUCUUACGCUGCCGGGAACUGGAUACUUGGACUCAAGACCUCAGUCUCCCAGCUGUUGUGUGGCUUUCUGGGUUCUUCAAUCCUCAGUCUUUCUUAACAGCAAUCAUGCAGACCAUGGCUCGAAGGAACGAGUGGCCACUGGACAGAAUGUGUUUGACUAUAGAUGUUACUAAAAAAACAAAAGAAGAUUAUGGCCACCCACCAAGAGAAGGUGCAUACCUUCAUGGGCUCCACCUGGAAGGUGCCAGGUGGGACAUCCAGUCAGGAGCCCUUGUUGAUGCCCGCCUUAAGGAGUUAACAUCCACGAUGCCCGUCAUCUUUGCCAAAGCUAUACCCGUGGACAGACAAGAGAUUAAGCACGCCUAUGAGUGCCCCGUUUACAAAACCAAAGCGAGAGGCCCCACCUACGUAUGGACAUUCAGGCUACGGAGUAAAGACAGGAUAGCUAAGUGGGUGCUGGCAGGCGUGGCUCUACUGCUAGAAGCAUAAGCAACCUUGGUACUACAACU